CUCCGCGAUCCCCGCCACAACCCGACGCUACACGGAGGCGCGCGAUCAGCUGACUGGGGAAGCGCACAUGCACAUAAUAAGGAUGCCGAUCCCGCUGCCGUGAACCCUGGUUCAACGUCACUGCCCGAGCGCUUUUUUGUCCGCUCGUUGUACGCGUAGAUACAUUUAUCCAAGGUCUAGCUCCGACUGUUCGGCCUCUGCGGAUACUCUGGACGCGCAUUGUACGAAGGUUUAUGGUUUGGAGAAGAAAUAUUGUUACGAGCUCGAAGCGCCAAAUUAUAGAAGUAUAGAAGUUCGCAAGGGGGCAUCGUAGUCGAAGCACACUUCCCUAACCUAGAUACCCAGCCAGCGGAUUGCGCUUCAUCCACAUCCCUGUCACUCUCUCGUGUUCCACAAUCAUAAUGGCCGAAAACUUGAGGAUAGCAAUCAUUGGUGCAGGCAUGGGUGGUCUUGCAACCGCGCUGUCUCUAGCAAAAGCCGGCCACAAGAACAUCACCAUUUAUGAAACCGCACCCGGCCUAGGUUUUGUAGGCGCAGGCAUCCAGCUCGCUCCCAACAUGGCGCGGAUUCUCGACCGACUCGACUGCUGGAAGCAGAUUGCCGCCGAGGCCGUUCAGUGCGCAGAUACAUCUAUUCGCGAAGGCAGCUCCGACAAGGAACUAGGCCAUGUAACGUUAGGUUACGUGGAAAAGACUUAUGGAUAUCCACACAUGGUCGGGCACCGAGCGAGCUUAGCGGGUGCCAUGUACGAUGGAUGUCUGAAAGAGCCCGGAAUCAAAUUCGAGCUUGGUAGCCUGAUAACGGACGCGGAGUUCGGAGCAAAGCCCAGCUUCAAGCUGACACCAUUGAAGACUCCGGAUGAAGCUCGACGUGUGGAAUGCGACAUCUUGCUGGCUUGCGAUGGCGUGAAGAGCCAAACUCGCGUAUCUAUGCUGCAAGUGCUAGGAGAGACAGCAGACGUCAAAGAUUCGGGCCAGGCUGCAUACCGCAUCAUGUUGACUCGGGAGCAAAUGAAGGACGAUCCCGAGCUCAUCAAACUCCUUGAUGCGGACACUGUCACGCGCUGGAUAGGCGAGAAGAAACACAUAAUUGCCUACCCCAUCCACAACAAGCAAAUCUACAACAUCUCCACAGCACAGCCGGACGUCAACUUCGCAGGCGCACCGAAUUCUACAUACACGACUAAAGGUUCCAAGUCCGCGAUGAUGGAAGUAUAUGGAGACUUCUGCCCCAUGAUCCAUCGGAUGCUGGACCUGGUCCCGGACGGCGAAGUCGUCGAGUGGAAGCUGCGCGUACACGAGCCGCUCAGCACCUGGGUGCUCGAGUCCGCAGCGCUAGUAGGCGACGCAUGCCACCCUACGUUACCACAUCUUGCCCAGGGAGCCGCACAAGCAAUCGAGGACGGAGCAGUUCUCGGCGUCGUGCUUGACCCCAAGCGCAUUGCAGAUUGCAACCCUUCCACCAUCACCAGAGCCCUUAAGAUCUACGAGAAGGUGCGGAAAGAACGAGCGGAGGCACUGGUGGAGCUGGCCGCGGAGAACGGACGGUCAAUGCAUCUGGGGUCUGGAAAGGCGAAGGAGGAGCGUGAUAAGAUUUUUGCGGCACUGAAGACCGGCAAAGGGCCUGUGCCAGAUAAGUGGGCGGAUGCGGAUGUCCAGCGUAUGAUCUAUGGAGUAGACAUAAUAGCUGAGGCAGAAGCUCUCUGCAAGGAGGAGGGUUUCGUUGCGAAGUUGUGAGUAGC